ACGGUCUCGGGCCGAGGCCGCGGGCUCACUGCGGUGCUGAGAGCCGAAGGCCUGCCUGCCGCCAGAGGGGGCUGAGGCGCCUGUGGAAGCCUGCACGGCAGGGCGGCUCGCGCACGCGGUCGGUGUCAGAGCCUGCGAAUCGGGGACAGGGUACUCCCUGCUUUUCUAGGGACUCUUGUUACUUGAGGACCACAAUGAAAAAUAGGAGCCCAGAUGAUAUGGUCACUGGCAAGCUUCCCAAGCUCAAGAGCUCCAAAGAAUGGUUGGAACCACAGUCGCUUUCUUUUAUGGAGGCUUUAGCUAAAGAAGAUACUGAUGCAGCUGUUCAAUCAAUUUUAUAUAGAGAAAAUUAUAUAAUGAAGGAACUUGAUAAGUAUUUGCAGCACCAUGACUUCUUAAACACAAGAAGAAAAGAGAUGUUGUAUAAAAAAUGGGUUGAACGUGUGGCAGAUCCUCUCCAGAAGAAAAUUAUAGAAAAGGUUCAUUCACAUAAGAACAUUAAAAAGAGGAGACGUCAAGAAUUAGACAAUUUUUUGAAACAUUCAAAUAAGAAGGGAAAUGCGUUUAUAGAGCAUUAUGAUCCAAAAGAAUAUGAUCCUUUUUAUAUGAGCAAAGAGGACCCCAAUUUUUUGAAGGUUAUCAUGCCACCAUUUCGUGACCCCUUGAAAAAAGCCCAGUAUGACAAGGAUGAUGAGAAACGAACUCUUCUGCAGUGUGAGACUGGCAAAAUCUAUACAAUGAAAGAAUUCAAAGACAUCGAGAAGGCCCAGUUGCAUUCCAGAUUCCCAAGUAUUUCUAAUUCAAGGCAAAGUAUGACUCCAAAUGAAUGGCUUAAAGUGCCCAUGAGUUAUAUAGAAAGUGAAUUUUGUAAAAGGAGCAGGUUCAAAGUGAAGAUGAAUUUUAAUGCUAGUAGUUUUGAUUUGAGUCCAUUGAAAAGGGUGCCUAAUUUUCUGGAAUACCGGGAGGAAGAAAUGAUGAUCAUUUGCAAAAACAAUGGGCUCUUCUGUCUGGACAGUGAAUUUCCAUGUCUCCAGGAGAAGAUGGACCCAAGUCCCAAAGGGACCAACUCUGAAGGCCACCAUUCUGUAAAGCCAUGCCAGGAGGUAGAAAGGGAUGAGAGCUAACCAGCACGCGGUGAGAGCGGACAGUCUGCCUACUCUGUGACGCGGGGCAGUGCUGGCUGACCAGGCCUAGGCUUCUGAUGUGGUGCUCUGUAGAGGGGAGCAGGCAGUGGAGCGCCAGCCAGUGGGCGGGAGGUAGAGCAGAAGACACUGAGACAGGCAUCUACUGAGAGGCCGUGUGUUGCACCCAUGGUGGGCAUCUGCAGUGCUGGAGGCCCAAGACUCCAAUCUUCAUAUUACCUCUCCUCUCUCUCCUCUCUGGGUUCACCUAUAGUCAAACCACGCCCCCAGGAUUGUUUCUUUUAAUUCAAUCAAGAGUUAGUUUGGAAAAGGACCAAUACUAAAAGUAGUAAACUUUAAGAACUGAAGUAAUAGCUUCCAAAUGUAAAGUGUCUGGAGAGGCCUCUCAUCCCAAGGUAACUGCAGUGUUAUGGUGUCAUUUGACAGACUCAGCCUGACACUACGGCUAUAGCGGGUACUUGUACACUUCAGUCCCCUUCCCACUGCUGUGUGCAUGGGGUCAGUCGCUUUCAGGCGUGGCUUGGCCCCGAGAGGGCUUUUCCUUGCACUCAUGAAAGCAUGUAAAGCUGCCAGCACCGUGCUUUGCCGUCUUCCUGACAUGUUCGGUGUUCCCAUGUGGUCGUUUGCUCCCUACAUUCUGACAAAGAGCUGCUCUGAGUCAGGCCGUGUGUCAGGGCUGGAGCCAUGGUGCUGAGCAAAGCAGGCAAGGGUGGAAAACAACCAAAUGUCCAGCAGGUGAGUUAGCAAAGCGAGGAGAAGAACAUAGAUAAGCGGCGUUCACGAACGGUGACAGAUGAGGACGCUGCUCUAAAUGGAGGAAUCGGAAAGGCUUCUUGAAGGAGGUGACGUUGAGCCAUGGUCUUACAUACUGAGGGUGAGCCAUGACGAGUGUUAGGGGAAGCGUCUGCAUGAAGAGAGACUGGUGUAGAAAGCAGAUUGGGUGGAGUGAUGGUGACAAGAGGGGACUGGAGAGGAAGGAGGCAGAUGCCACCCAUGCAGAAGCCAUCCCAAAGCUCUGGGGAGGAGACAUAUUGAAAUCCCUUUGGGGUAGUUUUUAUUUUGCUUUCCUUUUUUCUUUUCCCAAUUGGUGGUUGACUAGUUUCUUAGAGACAGGGAGAGUAUCAUGGCUUCAUGUAGCCUAGGCUGGCCUUGAACUCUAUGUAGCUAAGGAAGGAAUUCUUAAUCUUUCUACCUAUGCCUUCCAAAUGCUAGGAUUACAGGUCUGCACUACUACACCUGAUAAACUUGUACCCAAUGAGACACAAGUCAAAGCAGAAGCUGAGAGUCUGGCUAGCAGGCCAGGGUAGUACGACAGGAGCAUAAUAACCUACCAUGAGGCCUAGUGAUGGCUGUGUAGUCCUGGAGACCUGCGGAGAGCACGCUGACAAAGGACAUUAGUGCUUGAUAGGAGAAAUGAGUGAGAGUGAGAAACCACAGUCAACUAUGUUCUGGAGAUUUUUGUCCUGAGGGCCCGGGUGGAUGACGGCCCUACUCAUGACUCAGAAGUCUGAGUGGACCUCUGGGCAAGCGUAAGGAAGAAGUACAAAGAUAAAGAUGAUGCUUCCUGGUGCUAAAUUAAAGAUACCUUUUACCAUUACAAUACACAUUUAUAGAGGACGAGUAUUAAGUAAUUUAGUUUCCUCUAGCUGUUCAUUUGAGCAUGUUCUGGGGCUGGGGAUGUAGCCAGUGCGAGCACUUCCCUGGCAUGCGCAAAGUUCAGGCUCCUGCAUCUCUAAAGAGAAACUGAUGAAGAAGUAAGCAGUAGGCGUGCUCUGUUGAAGGCAGUUCCCCCCGCCCCGUGCCGUGUUGUCAGAUGUGUUGUCAGAUGGUAAGUGCUAUUGAUGAGUGUCGCACCUGAGUAGUUAACAGGCCUUGGAAUAAUGAUGAACGUGUGACCAUCACUGGGCUGCUGACAUUAUUGGCAUAAAAAACCGGAAUGAGGUGAUGUCUCUCAUCCUUUUCUUCAUUUGUUUUUAUCAGUGUUGUUUUUUUUUUAAGAUUUAUUUAUUAUAUAUAUGUACACUAUCGGUGUCUUCAGACACACCAGAAGAGGGCAUCAGAUCCCAUGACAGAUGGUUAUGAUCCAUGUGAUCACUGGGAUUUGAACUCAGGACCUCUGGAAGAGCAGUUGGUGCUCUUAACCACUGAGCCAUCUCUCCAGCCCCUUAUCUCAGUGUCUUAACUCUGUUAUUCUUCAUCUUUUUAGAGCCUUGGUUGGAGGAAGGAAAGCUGUGUAGUGGGGGCAGGAAGCUUGGCACAUGCUAUAAGGGGGCUCUUUUUUCCUCUCAUCAUCACUGAGAGACUUCUUAAGGUCACGGCGAUCUCCUCAUGACUUCCGUCCAGCUAAUCUCUUGGUGUUGUCUCUGGACCUAGGCCUCUGCUGGACCUUCUGUAGCUUUCGUCUAGAGACCAUGCUUCUCCAGAGAGGGAACUUGGAUUCAUUUUCUAACCAUCUGGU